UAACACACAUCACUUAAAAGUUAGGAUUUUUUUCCCACGUGUUUCAAUUGAAUUUCUCUUUGUGUCAAGCCAUUUUUAAGUUCUAGUUAAGUUUUAAGUUAGUCUAAACUGUAAGUCCUGAUAGGAUUUUGAGUUUUUGCAGUGUUCAAAAUAAAUGUAUGAUACAGGCUGUAUUGGAGCACAUUAGGGACCAGUGCUACUUGGUGUUUUAUCCAGCAAUGACUACUGAGCUAAAAUUGAUAGUUAGCAUGAUUAAGUUUUUAUUUUACACCCUCAUCACUCCACAAUGCUAUGUUAUGUUAAAGCCUGUAGUAAGACACGUUAGCCACGCAUCGACAGUGGUCAUAAUUAAUUGAAACCUAGCCCUCCGCAGGGCUAACGUUCCGUGAGCUAGUAGCGACAGUAACGUUAAUCUUAUUUAUUAGCGCUUAGCGCUCUUUAUUAGCGCUCCUUAUUAGCGCUUAGCGCUGUACUGCUUUAAGAUGGCGGCAGUUUACAAACGCUGCCCAGACGCGGCCGAGUCUGUCAUUGUGCAUCUAGUUCAACAUACAUGUGAUCUCUAUGAGACGCGCCAGACACUGCCUGUUACCAAUGUAGCAUCGUGCGGGCUAGUAUUUAGCAACGUCGGCGUCGUUUGUGGCGGCUGUCGGCUGCGAAUGGAGGAAGGAAUGAACAAGGAGAACACAGAGGAGUUGAUGCAGGUAGAGGAGAACACAAAGGAGUUGAAGCAGUUGGAGGACAAAAUCCGGCGACUCGAGGAGGAAGUGGCCGAACUAAAGCGCCAGCGUCAGAUCUACCAACCUGAUUUGCAUGCCAGCCAAACAAUGCGGGAUGCGAUGUCGCUGUUGUGCGGAAAAAUGCCACAAGGAGGCGCCCAAAUGGUUCUGUCCAAUCUGAGGGAGGAGGUGAAGCACUUGCAAGUGGAUCUGCGGCGUCAGAGCCGCAUGAACGGCAUCAGUUUGAGGAGUUGCAGUGUAGAAACUCUGCAAGGAGACGGCACUGAAUUAGUACAGAAGAUGUGUGUCUCUGGUUGUUGCUCAGAGUUUGACUUCCUGGUGGCGCUUCAGCUCUCACAAGUGGAGACCGGCGAGCGGCCCGAGAAAAAAAUUGUCAGUCUGGACGUGGUUCUGGGCGACAUUGACCUUCCUAACUUCAGCAGCUUCCUCUCUGGGGUAGAGGAGAGCAAGGACCUCCUGCUGUUCUUUCGGACACUCAGGACCUUGUCAGACAGGAUCAACGACCGACGCCGCACCUUCCAGCACUUUCAGGCCAAAUACCCACAAGUGGUGAGUCUUCCUGACGGCGAUAGUUCUUCCACACUGGCUCUUCAUCAUCCUGCUCUUAAAAGAUGCACUUUUUUGUUGCACUGGUGUGUGGAUGUGUCCAAGGAGGGCAAAGUCACUCCAAAACUGGACCUGCUCCCAAAGAUCCCGCAGCAGGCUUUGCGGCUGUUGCCGUCAUGGAACGUAGAUGGCGUCGGUGAGGGCUUCCACAGCCUGCUGAGGCUACUGGGGCCCGAAGCGGCCUUGGAGGAGGUCAUCAGGGCGGCACUUAUUCUUGAUGACUGAACAAGAGGUGAAGAUGACGUGUUGUCAACUUUUCGAACGCCUGGAGUUGGAAGUAGCGAAUGAAUGACUGCAAUUAAUCACGAGUUGACAAUUAAAAAAGUGCAACAAUUUGGUGAAUGUUAACAAUUUAAAAAAUUGACAAAUUUGUGAUUAUUCAUAAGUAUUUUAAAUGUGACAAAUUUUCAUGUCAUUGCAAAUUGAUUAUUCAUAAUGUGACAAAUUUGCGAUUCAAUGUUCAGUUAAUAUUUUAAAAAUGAAUCAAAUUUGCCAUUUGUUGAAAGUUCACGAUUUGAAAAAAUGCAACAAAAUUGCGAAGAGUCUUGAACUAUUAAAUCUUAUUGGACAUCUAUUGCCGUCAAAGCCAGUGAAACACCACGAAUAGAAAGACUUGUAGUUCUUAAAAGAAAUUUGAGUACAAGUUAUAGUAAUUUUAUAUUAAAACCCUUAAAACGUUUUCGUUUUAAUAAAAUUUGAGCAAUUUUCAAUCAAAAAAUAAACCAAUAGCUCGCCAUUGUGAACAUUAUUUUUUUGAGGGAUAGGUAUAUUAUUUUUGUUGUGCUUUCACUAAACGAUACUGUAGCAACCUAACUGUUCCGCCGAAAUGCAUGAUGGGAAGUUGGGCAACCAUGACUGUCAGUAGUGGCUGCAAAUGGUAUACAAUAUGUUCUGCGUUGCGUUUAAUUAAGCGUGUUAAGAUCGUGUCUUGCUCCGCACAAAUGCAUGAUGGGAAGUUGGGCAACCAUGACUGUUAGUAGUGGCUGCCAAAACUUAAGCCAAUAAAAGGCGCGGUCCAAUGAACGCCUGUGUCCACUCGCAUUUCUCUGCCAUUUCGCUCUCAAUGUGCUAAAACGGCGUCAAUGUAGACUGUUUGAUGCAACGCAUGAACGGGUCAUUCCGUGCAUGUGUCAGUUGCGUUAAAUAUUUCAACGUGAUUAAUUUAAAAAAUUAAUUACCGCCCGUUAAUGCAAUAAAUUUGACAGCCCUAAUAUAUAUACA